UGUACAUGUGUUAAUGUAUUGGUUUCAUUUGUUAGGGAGAGAAGUGGGAGGAGUUACUGUAUGCGAGGCCACUCCCUGACGCUCACAAACACAACAUGAAGGGUCGUCUUGUUGACUUGAUAAACCUGUUUGGCCGGUUGGGUGGGUUUGAUUUUUUAAAGAAGAGAAUUUGUGAAGGAGAACUAACAGUAAAUAUACUGUCCUUUUUAUUAAGGUUGUUUGGUUUGUGUUCAAGUUUUUUAACCGAGAAAGUUAGAAAUGACUACAUCAUAGCAAUAGUGGAUAAAUCCAUUGAGUUUAUAAACAGUUUAAAUGAUGAUUUACUUAAGAAGGAGGCCACCACUGACUCAAGGAGUGAGACCUUCUCUUCAAUAAUGAAGUCGUUGCGUCACUUGUGUUCAGUGAUUCCUGGUAGAGAUGAUAUUGAGACGUUUCGUUUGAAAAUGAUUUUAAGAUUAUUACAAAUACCGAGCUUUAGUGGGAAAAUGAACGCCCUCAAUGAAAUUAAUAAGAUUGUCCCUUCAAUGAGUUAUCAUCCUCACUUCAGGACAAUAGGAGAUGAGGAACAACUUACCACUGAAAGAAUAGCUGUGAGUUGAGUAG